AUGUCCGAGAGGCAUAACAUCCUCCAAAACAGUGCAACUCCGAGCGCUGCACCAGCCUUUGCAUCGUUGGCGUUGCCAACGUUGGAAUCGAUCUUUCCUCGGCCGGGUAUCGGGAGACCAGAUGCCUGUCGUUCCGCUUCGUGUCUGCGCGCUGCUCUGGCAACACUAGCCUCCUUUGCAGCAAUUGCAGUGCUCGUUUCCUUCUGUUCUCGCGUUUACGCGAGACGUGCUGUGCAGAACCCUCGUAUCCGCCGGCUGGCCAGGUCAGAACCCAGUGAUGCAUCUGUUUGCAGCAGCUUCGGUGCUGGAGAGGAGCAGCAGCGGCGCCAGGAUCCGGGUCCAUCUGGCUUGCCUAGUGGCAGAGAUUGGAAACUGCCACUUAAAAAGCGGUUGUUGAUCAGAGUGGCUGAAGCCGGGACCGGUGGUGGUGGAGGGAUUCCCCGGCAACAACCGCAGCAGCAGGGUCUUCAUGCCCCCGUUUUACCUUUGCUGGGUUUAUCCCCGCCUCAACCGUAUGGAGUUCCAGACAAGCCUGGCCUGGCACAGUUUCCGGUGGGCGGCGCACUUUCUUCAGCACAACUGCGAGCGCCGGCAGAGCUCGAUGAAGACACAGGACUUCUGAGUCUCCACCCUCGCCAGCACGCUGCUGGACAUUUUGUCGCAUGCGCAAGUCAAACAGCCCCGCUGGAGGUGCGGAAGCUGCAGCGGCAACUGCGCCGGAUGCGGCGGCAGCUGCACCGGCUGCACUGGCUGCUUCCCAGGAAGGCGCGCAGCCGGCAACACCAGCUUGCCCAGCUCCACAGGCAGCGGGAUCAGCACAAGCGGUAUCAGCAGCAGCAUCGACACGAGUAUUGGAAACAUUCCAGUUGGCAGCAGCGAAAAAAGCUGCACACUUUGGUUCAAGAGCAACAGAAACAUUUGCUUCUACAGCACAAGGAGCGUCCGUCUCUACUGCAGCAGCAGAACUACCAGCAUUCGCUUCAACAACAGCAGCAGGAGCACGUGGUGAACCAGAAUGAGCAGAAUGUGUUGGAACAGCAAACCUACGAGCAGUCAGUUCAGAAUCAGGAGCAUCACCAAGUGGUGCAGCAGCAGGAGCAAGGGGUCACGCCGCAGGAGAGCCACCAACAGCACGCAGGAAGAAAGCGGAAGCGAAAGCAACAAGAGCAGCCGGCGCAGCAAGAGAAGCAUCAGGUGCAGCCUGCGCAACUUGGCGGUCAGCCUUCAGCGUAUAUGGAAGAAGAUGCAUGGCUUUCCCCGGACUCUCAAAGGCCUCACCCGCUUCCGCCGAGCACCUUUCAACAGGCGUUGCAAUCUCCUUCUGCUGCAGCAGUAGCGUGUCCCUCAACGCAAUGGCGGUUACAGGUGGUUCAGGGAUUCGCACAAGCUGGUCAUGCCGCACUUCCUACUUGUGUGGAUGCAGAGAAUUCCAGGGGUGGAGCUGCUGCAGCUCCUGAAGGACUGUCUGCACCAGCAAGCGUAGCAGCUGCUCUUGAGUUGCCCACUGCUGCACCGUGUUCUGCUGCAUUGACGGCAGCGGGGGAAGGCGCGAGUUUGGGGGUUCCUACCGGCUAUACUUUACUGACUGGUGGUAGUGUUGAAGGUGCAGGAGCAGCAGCUUCAGGACCAGAAGCAACCGCAACAGCACGUUCCACCGUGAGCAUGCAUGCGUGGACUCCUCUAGUCACAGCGCUGCCCCUGGUGCCGGAUUUUAGUUUUGGAGAAAUUAUGGAUCACCCGUUUGUGCGUCUGCCAAGGCGGAUGGUUGAGAUGAAGGUGCCUUGGUGUUAUGUUGACUUGAGGCGUGCCUUGGCCACUUGUCCCGGCAGGCGGGAUGCCGUACCGCUGCUACAGGAGGCCCACGAUUUGCUGUCCCUUCGGUUUUUGUCUGUUACGGACACUGUGAACUUAGCGUAUAUAGCAAGAAAUCUGGUGGGGAAUGCGGUGAACCAUCAAACUCAGGACCUAUCGGAUCACCAGACCAGCCGCGCAGUGGAGCGUUUGGGUAUCCGUUUUCUCUUGCUAGAUGCUGUGGUUUCGACUUUUAUAGUUCUCGAACAGACACCAGACCCCAGCCUUUGGAAGAGCGUAGUAGAUUCCAUUAGCCACGCAGCCCCUCCUCUGACAAUACGGGGAAACAGCGCAGGGCGACAGACUUUCUUCUCUUUUCUAGGUCAGCAGCUCAGCAGGGCAAUGCAAACACUCAAGACGGGGAGGAGACCGGAUGCCAGUGACCUCGUGAAGAUCAAACGGAUGCUCUUCUGUUUGGAUGCUUCUCCUACGCGUUUCAAAAGUCAGGAAUUCGAUCGGUGGAGGGCGGAUGACAAAAUGCCAUAG